AUGGCGAAAAAGAAGGCCAGCAAGCAGCCUCGCAAACCCAGUCAGGCUCCAGUGGCACCCGGCACAGCACACGGCUUCAUCACACUGAAUCUUUCAACCGAAUUACUUGCAACAUUUGGUCAGUCUGCAUCACAACAAGAACAAGAGAAGCGCAAGGAUCAAAACGCAGAAGCAGCCAAGAAGAUAUUCGUCCCUGUUGUCUCGGUCGAAAAUCAUUCCAUCACCCGCGCGGGUGGCCGGACCCACGUCGCGCCUAACACCGCCAACCAGCCGCCAACAGGGGCUUCGGAUAUGCAGACCCGGGGCGCCUGGGGAGUCAACCGCUCCAACCCUAAGCGCCAGAAGACGGCCGCGACUGACAUCAAGUCUGAGCCCGACCACGAUGCUUUGCCACUCAAUCGCCCUGCGACUCCAGGCAAACGCGCCACGCCCAAUCGAAAGCGCAAACAAGCCGAUCGCGAGCCCAGUACCACGGUUCCCGAUGUUUUGAUACCACAAGCCGUGAAAAAGCGCCGUAUAGCGCCACGCAGAGCCAAGUCUGUCUCCUUCGACCCCGAAGCCGAUGUGGUCAUUAUCGAUUCGGCGACGGACCUUGUGAGCAGCACUUCGUCGCCCGAGUCCCGAAACAACUGUGACAAGGAGAAUCAAGAAGAGAACGAUAUGGAGCGACCCAAGUUGAACUUGAAGUUCAGCUUCAAUAAGAGCAAUAACGAUGGUUUCGCGAAACCUGCUCCCCCUUCAACGGCCGGAUCCCCUACUGCUCAGACGCCGAAGAUCAAAUUGAAUUUUGGUAACAAAGGUCAAGAUAGCUCAGGCAAGAAACGGAAGCGGGCGGACACCCAACAAGAGGUUCCCAUCCAGACUCCCACCUCCGGCGUGCCCAAGAUCAAGCUGAAGACGGCUGUGACAAAGGUGUCGGGCCCGUCGCCAGUCACACCGGGCGCGGCUGGAUUGAAACUACAGACCAAAGGUAGAAUUCCCAAGCGACAUCCUGGCGUUGGCUACGAUUCUGAGCUGUCCGAUACUGAAAGAGAUCCCGUCAUACUUGAAGGCUUCAUCCUGCGCAUGCAACCUGGUCCUGAUUGUGACUACAUCAGAGAUCACAUCAACAGAGGCACUAUGGGAGUUUCCAAGCUGCAAGGUGGUGCCGAUAUUGGCAUCAGCGUGGCUGAUACCAGUGGCAGACGUUGCAGCCUCCGAGUUCGCCAGAACAAGUAUGCCGCAACUCUCGUUGACUUGCCUACCAUCAUCGAAGGUAUGAAGUCUUGGGAUAAGAUGCGCUUCAUCAAAAGCGUCGAUGUUUGUCAGAUGAUGAUUGUGCUUGGUCCGAUUAAGAACGACGAAGAAGCCAAAACCUACCCCCUACCGCCAGGCGUUGAUCCCAAAACAUACCAGUACGCUCAUGGUCUCACGGCUCCAAUGCAGUGGGUACGUAAGCGUAGAUUCGAGCGAACGAAACGGACUCGUGUCGAGGAUAUCGAAAACGUGGAUCGCCGUGUCGGCCAGCUUCUCGCCAGCGACGCUGCUGCCUUGAGUGUUGUGGCUGAGCAGCUGGACUACGAUCCACGCGUCGAUGAAGACCAGUACUCUGGAACGGAGGAUGAAGAUGAAGACGAGGAUGAUGACGCUGACGGCGAAGCGGACGACUACUUCGCAGAACACAAUGAACAUGUCGACGACGAAAUUGGAGAAGCUGAGGUCGAUGAGUUCACGCAGAUGUUUGAAGAUGCUGACGAAGAUAUUCCAUCCGCGGAGGCUGCCCCAGCCACUAACGGCGCCAUCGAUUCAUCCGGCUUUGUGACAUCUGCCGCCGAUUCGCCAGAUGUCACUGGUUCGCAGGCUCCUACAACAGCACCCACACCUGCCGGCGAAGUGUCAACGCCCGCCGCCCCGACCCCCGGCACGGAUGGCGACAACGAGUCCGAUGACGAUGAAGACCAGGAAGACCGCGAAGCGCAGAACGAGGAAGACGAACAGAAAUCGCAGAUGCAAGAGCGAAUCAAGGAUUUGGAGGGCAAGAUCGUGCAGCAGAUGGAGAUGCUGAAGACGCAAACCAAUCUCAUUAUCAAGAGACGCCUGGCGCAGAAGAUCAAGGAGCUGCAGCAAGAUGUCGACAUGUUGAAGAGAGAAUUAGGACAGGGUGGUGACGAAGGUGAUGAAGACUGA